ACUUCCCGAUAUUCUAACAAUGACGUUCAAUUAAUUUUGUAAUUUUUGGAAAGUUCACAUUUUCUACUGAUAAUGACAUGUAACACUUGUCAAAACGUUGUUAUAAAAUGGUUACUUUAAACGAAUUGUCGAUUGUUUUGUAUUUUACUAAAAUGCUUGUUUCUUGUUUGCAGAUUUAUGACAAAGGUCACAGGGCAUAUGUUAUGGUUUGAAUGCAGAUAAAAAUAUGCGUUGAAAGAAAAACUAUGGAGAAUUCAAACUUGAAUUUGGCAAAGGAAUUUCAUGGAGGUCUGGGAUCUGAAUUAGAAACUCUUGGAUUAAACUUUGAAAACGAUGGAUUGUGGAGUGCAAGAGCAAUUAUUGAACAUCCUGAUAUGUUAAAAAUUGCUCAUAAAAGUUUUCUUAACAGUGGUUCAAACAUCAUCUUGACAGCAUCAUAUCAGGUUUAUAUGAAAUGUUAUCAUAGGAUUUUGACUGUAAAGGAGAUUUUCUUUAUUUAUCUCAUCGGGAAGUGUAGGGAGCACUCGGAGUAUUUGUAGGGAAACUUUUCUAACAAAGCAAACAUGCAAAGAGAUCUAGUGGGGUACAAAGUUAACUUGCUAAUAAUCAGAGAUAUUGGAUAAAAGGAACAUGUUAUAACAUUUUCCAACUUUAGCUGUAGAUUUGCCAGGUAGAGAAAAUAAAAGGAACAUGUUAUAACAUGUUCCAACUUUAGCUGUAGAUUUGCCAGGUAGAGAAAAUAAAAGGAACAUGUUAUAACAUGUUCCAACUUUAGCUGUAGAUUUGCCAGGUAGAGAAAAUAAAAGGAACAUGUUAUAACAUGUUCCAACUUUAGCUGUAGAUUUGCCAGGUAGAGAAAAAAUGCACUUUGUAACUAUACCAAUUGCAAAUAGUAUGUAUAUUCAAGUGUGGCACUUCCUUAAGCUUAAGAUGAAACUUUACUCAAUAAAU